GUGAGGAAGACGAGGGCAUGGUGGUUAAUUCCGAGGGAGGAGAUUUUGAUGAAGAAGACGACGACGGAGACCCAGACGAGAACGCAAGCGACAUCCAGUCUCCGGCGGCGCCUCGGGAAACUGCAACAGCCGCGCCAGACGACGAGCCUGAGAUAUCGGACCGCGAAGUCCCAUGUCGGAAGAAAGGCCGACCCAAGAAGAAGGAGGCCAAGAAGAAGGACAAGGAAGGAAAACCCGCCAAAGCCAAGAAACGCAAAAAAUCGACAGUGAUGUAGACAGAGACUCGGACCGAGACCGAGACUUUGGGGAGAACUCAGACAGCAUCGCCAGCGACUAUGGAUCUGGAGAGAAAAAGAAAAAGAAGAAACAUAAAGAAAGGAAAGAAAAGAAAACCGAAGAAGAAAAAGACGACGGGGACCGAGACAGCAGUCAGGAGGAGACGACAAAGCAACCCAUAGAACAGAAGACGUCGGCCCAGCUGGCGAAGGAAUGGGGUCUGGAGGAUGUUGAUCAUACCUUCACCGAGGAGGACUACAGGGAACUCACCAACUACAAAGCCUUCAGCCAGUUCAUGAGGCCGAUGAUCGCCAAGAAGAAUCCGAAGAUCCCCAUGUCGAAGAUGAUGACCAUCCUGGGGGCCAAAUGGAGGGAGUUCAGCUCCAACAACCCCUUCAAGGGCAACGCCGCUGCUGUUGCCGCGGCGGCUGCAGCUGCCGCCAUCGCUGUCGCCGAGCAGGUCUCUGCAGCGACCGCUUCACCUGAACCGCCGCCGCAGCCGCCACCAAUCCGCAAGGCCAAGACGAAGGAGGGCAAAGGGCCGGGCUAUAAGAAGCGCAGCAAAAGCCCCCGUGUCCCAGAUAAGAAGAAGGCCUCCGCAGUCGCCAAGGCUAAAAAGAUGGCGCCCAUUCGCAUCAAACUGUCACCAAUAGGCGCCAAGAGGAAGAAGAGCUGCUCGAGCGAGGACAUGGAUGAGGACGAGUCUGAGCAGGAGGACUCCAGCGUUCACAGCUCCUCGGUUCGGUCCGACAGCUCCGGACGGGUCAAGAAGAACAAACGAGGACGACCGGCCAAGAAAAAGAAGAAAAUCCCAGGUGACGAAGAGGGCGACGGCUACGAGACGGACCAUCAGGACUACUGCGAGGUGUGUCAACAGGGCGGAGAGAUCAUCCUGUGCGACACCUGUCCUCGGGCCUAUCACCUGGUCUGCCUGGAGCCGGAGCUGGACAAAGCCCCAGAGGGGAAGUGGAGCUGCCCACACUGUGAAAAGGAGGGAAUCCAGUGGGAGGCGAAGGACGAGGACUUCGAUGACUUCGAGGAGGACAGUGAGGACAGGGUGAUCUCAGAUGUGAGCGCAGGGAUUCCCACCGGCGCCGAGGAGGAGGACGACGACCACAUGGAGUUCUGUCGGGUUUGUAAAGACGGCGGCGAGCUGCUGUGCUGCGACACCUGUACGUCGUCCUACCACAUCCACUGCCUGAACCCGCCGCUGCCCGAGAUCCCCAACGGAGAGUGGUUAUGCCCACGCUGCACGUGUCCGCCAAUCAAAGGUCGUGUCCAGAAGAUCCUCCACUGGCGAUGGGGUGACCCUCCGCCCCCCAUCCCUGUUCCUCCGGCUCCCGACGCCCCUCCCGACGCCCCCCUGCCGCCCCCCAUGAAGGGCCGAGCAGAGAGGGAGUUCUUUGUGAAGCUGACGGGGCAGUCGUACUGGCACUGCACAUGGAUCACCGAACUGCAGUUGGAGAUCUUCCACUCGGUGAUGUACAGAAACUACCAGAGGAAGACGGUGGACGAGCCUCCCAGUCUGGAUUAUGGCUCCGGGCCGAAGAUAGACGGGGUGGGUAAGAGUGAGAAGAGGAGGGCCAAAGACCCCCCAUACGCCUCGGAGGACAAGUACUACAAGUACGGCAAUCCCGAGUGGAUGAUGAUCCACCGCAUCAUCAACCACAGUAUGGAUAAGAAGGGCACGUACCACUACCUGGUGAAGUGGAGAGACCUGACCUACGACCAGUGCACCUGGGAAAGAGACGACCUGGAUCCAGAGUUCGCCAUCUACAAGGCCUCGUACUGGAGACACAGGGACGCCAUCAUGAAGGAGGAUCUGGACAAACCGAGGAGGAUCAGGAGUAAAACGGAAGGUGAAGAAGACGAGUCUCCGGCUUCACCUGUUACUGAUCCUACGAUAAAGUACGAGGAGCAGCCGGACUUUGUGACGUCCACCGGGGGCACCCUUCACCUGUACCAGCUGGAGGGUCUGAACUGGCUCCGGUUCUCUUGGGCCCAGGGAACCGACACCAUCCUGGCCGACGAGAUGGGUCUGGGGAAGACCAUCCAGACCAUCGUCUUCCUCUACUCGCUGUUUAAAGAGGGCCACACCAAGGGCCCCUUUCUGGUCAGUGCCCCCCUGUCCACCAUCAUCAACUGGGAGAGGGAGUUCGAGAUGUGGGCGCCCGACUUCUAUGUGGUCACAUAUACGGGAGACAAGGACAGCAGAGCCAUCAUCAGAGAGAACGAGUUCUCCUUCGACGACACGGCGGUCAAAGGAGGAAAGAAGGCCUUCAAACUGAGGAGAGAAGCUCCCAUUAAAUUCCACGUCCUGCUGACGUCCUAUGAGUUGGUGACCAUCGACCAGACAGCGCUGAAGUCCAUCGACUGGGCGUGUCUGGUGGUGGACGAGGCCCAUCGGCUGAAGAACAACCAGUCCAAGUUCUUCAGGCGUCUCAAUGACUAUAAGAUCGACCACAAGCUGCUGCUGACGGGGACGCCGCUGCAGAACAACCUGGAGGAGCUGUUCCACCUGCUCAACUUCCUCACACCCAACAGAUUCAAUAACCUGGACGGUUUCCUGGAGGAGUUCGCCGACAUCUCCAAAGAGGAUCAGAUUAAGAAGCUCCAUGACCUGCUGGGGCCUCACAUGCUCCGGAGGCUGAAGGCCGACGUCUUCAAGAACAUGCCGGCCAAAACCGAGCUCAUCGUCAGGGUGGAGCUGAGCCCCAUGCAGAAGAAAUAUUACAAACUGAUUCUGACCAAGAACUUCGAGGCUCUGAAUUCCAAAGGUGGAGGAAACCAGGUGUCGCUGCUCAACAUCAUGAUGGACCUGAAGAAAUGCUGCAACCACCCCUACCUCUUCCCUGUUGCCUCCAUGGAAGCCCAGAAGACUCCGAGCGGUGCUUAUGAAGGCUCGGCUCUCACUAAGGCUUCUGGGAAACUGACGCUGUUGCAGAAGAUGCUGAGGAAGCUGAAGGAGCAGGGCCACCGGGUGCUGGUUUUCUCUCAGAUGACUAAGAUGUUGGACCUGCUGGAGGACUUCCUGGACUAUGAAGGGUACAAGUACGAGCGCAUCGACGGCGGCAUCACGGGGGCGCUGAGGCAGGAGGCCAUCGACCGCUUCAACGCUCCUGGUGCUUGCCAGUUCUGCUUCCUACUUUCCACCAGAGCAGGAGGAUUAGGAAUCAACCUGGCAACCGCUGACACCGUCGUCAUCUUCGACUCCGACUGGAACCCCCACAACGACAUCCAGGCGUUCAGUCGAGCCCAUCGUAUCGGACAGGCCAAUAAGGUGAUGAUCUACCGCUUCGUGACUCGAGCCAGCGUGGAGGAGCGCAUCACUCAGGUCGCCAAGAGGAAGAUGAUGCUGACCCACCUGGUGGUCCGACCCGGUCUGGGCUCCAAGGCCGGGUCCAUGACCAAGCAGGAGCUGGACGACAUCCUCAAGUUCGGCACCGAGGAGCUGUUCAAGGACGAGGGAGAAGGUAUGAAGAAUUCUUCAGGGGACAAAGUUGAGGACGAGGGAAACGUGAUCCACUACGACAGCACUGCCAUCGAGAGGCUACUGGACCGAAGCCAAGACGCCACAGACGACUCAGACGUCCAGAACAUGAACGAGUACCUGAGCUCCUUCAAAGUGGCCCAGUACAUGGUCCGAGAGGAGGACAAGAUCGAGGAGAUCGAGCGGGAGAUCAUCAAACAGGAGGAGAACGUGGACCCGGAUUACUGGGAGAAGCUGCUCCGGCAUCACUACGAACAACAGCAAGAGGAUCUGGCCAGUAAACUGGGAAAAGGCAAACGCAACCGCAAACCAGUCAACUACAACGACGCAGCACAGGAGGACCAAGAGUGGCACGCUGACAUUUCAGAUAACCAGUCUGAGUACUCGGUGGGCUCCGAGGAGGAAGACGAGGACUUUGACGACCGGCCAGAAGGUCGUAGACAGUCCCGUCGACAGCUGAGGAAUGAGAAGGACAAACCUCUGCCUCCUCUACUGGCCCGGGUCGGAGGAAACCUGGAGGUGCUGGGCUUCAACACUCGCCAGCGGAAGGCCUUCCUGAACGCCGUCAUGCGCUGGGGGAUGCCGUCCCAGGAUGCCUUCUCCUCCCAGUGGCUGGUCCGAGACCUGAGGGGAAAAACCGAGAAGGAAUUCAAAGCGUACGUGUCCCUGUUCAUGCGUCACCUGUGCGAACCAGUGGCCGACGGCGCCGAGACGUUCGCCGACGGCGUUCCGAGGGAAGGCUUGUGUCGACAGCCGGUCCUGACCCGUAUCGGCGUCAUGUCCCUGGUCAAGAAGAAGAUCCAGGAGUUCGAACACAUCAACGGUCGAUGGAGUCUCCCGGAGCUCAAACCUGACGCCAGCAUUGACAAAUCCUCCUCCAGGGCUUCAUCUCCGGCCGUGAAGACCACCACCCCCACGCCGGACGCCAGCUACAACAACACGCCGUGCACGUCCAAACCAGCAACGCCAGCUCCGGCAGAAAAGGUCGAAAAGAACGGGAAAGAGGUGGAGAAUAAGGAGGACAAAGACGACGGAGACACAAAGGAGGAUGGGAAAGAGACGGACACAAACAAGACUGGAGACAAUGAAGAGCUUUCCUCCUCGACAAAAGAAACAUCACAAAACGCGUCCCCGAGCGAAAAACACGAAGGAAAAGAGGAGAGCGAAGUGAAAGACGAGGAAAAGAAGGAAACCAACGACAGUUCAGCCUCGACGACGGAGGAGAAGAAAGUCCAGGAGGAGAAAAAAGAGGAGCCCAAACAAGACGUCAAAGAGGAGAAGUCAGCCGAUGAAGAAAAGGCCAGAGAAGAGAAAGAAAAAGGAAAGGACACGCCUCCAACCGUGACCACGGAAACAUCAGACGCCAAAACCAAGAUGGAGGUGUCGGAUACGAAGAAAGAGGAGGUCAAAGGUGAAAAGGAUGCUGGGAAAGAUGUCAAAGCGGCCAAGGAGGACGUCGCCAAGGGCAACGGGAAACCGGCGCCCGAGAGACCUCGCUUCAUGUUUAACAUCGCAGACGGAGGAUUCACAGAGCUCCACACUCUCUGGCAGAACGAGGAGAGGGCUGCCAUCUCUUCGGGGAAGAUGAACGAGAUCUGGCACCGCCGACACGACUUCUGGCUGCUGGCGGGAAUCGUCAUCCACGGCUACGCCCGGUGGCAGGACAUCCAGAACGACCCCCAGUUCGCCAUCGUCAACGAGCCCUUUAAGUCGCAGGCGAAUAAAGGCAACUUCCUGGAGAUGAAGAACAAGUUCCUGGCUCGACGGUUUAAGCUGUUGGAGCAGGCGUUGGUGAUCGAGGAGCAGCUUCGGCGGGCGGCAUACCUGAACAUGACCCAGGACCCCAGCCACCCAGCCAUGGCCCUCAAUGCCCGCUUCGCCGAGGUCGAGUGUCUGGCCGAGUCGCACCAGCACCUUAGCAAGGAGUCGCUGGCUGGCAACAAACCGGCCAAUGCCGUCCUGCACAAAGUUCUCAACCAGCUGGAAGAGCUGCUGAGUGACAUGAAGGCCGACGUCACCCGGCUACCGGCCACGCUGUCCCGAGUCCCGCCCAUCGCCGCCCGCCUGCAGAUGUCCGAGCGGAGCAUCCUGAGCCGCCUGGCAAGCAAGGGCACGGAGACGCACCCCGCCCCGCCCAUCCCUCCGGGACCCUACGCCACCCCCCAGAACUAUGGAGCACCUUUCACUCCCGCCCCCCCCAGCGCCCUACACCUGGGAGGGGCCAACUACAGUCAGAUGCCCCCCGGAUCCUUCAUAUCAGUGCUCAACGGGCCUCCCAUGUCUGUAAAGAAGGAGCGAGAGGCCGAGCUGCUCAUCAACCGGCGGGAACAACGCAGCGGAGAGGUCAUCUGCAUCGACGACUAGGACGC